CUCAGAUGAAUGUCAGGUGCUCGACCAAAUUAUUCCACACUUUCAGCCGAUGGUUGUUCGAGUUUGAAUAAAAAUAUCCUCCACACUGCUGGUUACAACGAGUAUUUCAUCACCAAGACGUGCCUCGCGUUUUGUUGUAUAACUCUCCAACACGAGCUCCAUCCUCUCUGCGUCUCUCCGCGAGCUCUGUAGGCGUGUAGAUGUGAUUGCAUCAACACUGCGGACGUCUGGGAAUCGCAGGCACGCACAUGCCGAGCAGACAGCUGGGAUUAGAAACUCUCGCUCGGCUCUCGUCUUCAUAUCCUGUCUUCGGCAGGCCCACUUAGCAGCGUCAGUGGGUGUCUUCACAUUUGUUUAUCGAUGCGUCGAGCUUAAGACCAGAGCAGAGCAGCAGUUCCCAAAACGGUAGUAAUCCUGUGAUCCUGUGAUUGUGGCUUGGAACAGUGUUAUCAUCCAGGUUGACUGGAUCGACCCCCAUAUCCAGCAGAACAUCUGUGGUGGAAGUCUGAUAUUCUUCCUUAAGGUCUUUCAGCCUGUCCUUGUCCGGAAACGUGGAAAGAGCAUCUUCGAGGAUCCCUUCAUCACCCGAAACGCAGCGAUCCCCCGCAGAAAAACCUCUUCACAAAAGACUUCUGUGUGGCGUAAACAUGAGUGUAGGAAGCGGAGUCCAUCCCAGAGGCGAGGUCACUCCUCAGCUUAAACGUCCUGCUUUAUCCUGGGGAGUGAAGAUCAGGAAGAAGGUGAAGACCAUGGCUCCGUUUCUUGGCAAAUUCAGGCCGCUGGUGGGACAAUGCUGCCAUCAGUGCACCCCAGAGAGUCUGGGUCGGAAACUGCUGCAGAACGCUCCUUCUCUCGGCUUCCAGAACCUUCUAGACGUGAAAGAAACACACACCAGGUACAGAGGAUGGCUGGUAAGAAGAGUGUGUUGUGUGCUGUUUGUCUGCAGCCGGAAAGUGGACGCCGGUCCUGCUGGAGACAGACUGCUGAGGAUCUGCAGCACAGACAGGGUGAAGCGGGUCCUGACUCCCCCGAGCAGUGUGAAAGAGUGUGUAGAAGACACCCCAGGGAUUCUGACUCUCACCGAGGCUUUUCAGUCUCCGACUCUGAUACGGUUGGUGGGCUGGUUGCUCUUGCGCGUCUUCUCUCUGAUGUUCUGCAGCGUGCAGGUGAACCUCACCCAGAUGUCCGCUCUCCAUCGAGCCAAAGACCUGAACAUCCCGCUGGUGUAUGUGUAUGUUCGUCAGGGUGCUGUUGAUCAGGCUUUGAUCUCUCUGACUCUUCUGUGUCACAACCUGAAAGUUCCCUACAGUGUCUAUCCUUCUCGUGUUCACAACAGAUGGAUGAGGGUCAUCCUGCAGAAACUGGGCAUCAUUUUUCUCCCUGAUCACGCAGCCACCGAGCAGGAGGCAGAAACCCACAGCCUGUACUCACCCGUCAUGACCUCGCUGGUUGGCGAGCUGCUGAAGUCGGGUGAGAGUCUCAGCGUGGGCGUUUGUGAGGAGACUGGACGUGGAGGACAGUGGCUUGCUCGGGUCCGUCAGGCUGUGGCCGAGGGCAUAGUGCCGGAUGUGAGCAUGGUGCCAGUGGGUAUCUCGUAUGACUGCCCUCCUUCAUGUCAGUCCACAUGCCUUCAGCCUGGCAUGCUGUCUGUCCUGCGGUUUAUGCUUUCCCUUCUGAGUGCUGAUGAAAGAGGAGGUGUGAGGAUCCAUUUCGCUCAGGCUUUCUCUCUGAAGGAGAUGUGUGACAGUGGGAAAUGUCAUGUGGACAGACGACGCCCCCUACAGGACCUCUUGCUCCCUGCUGUCCUUCACAAUAGGAGGAACACCAUAUUUGGGCAAAAGGAUGUUUCCUGGCUCCUCCCCCCUACUUUUCUACCUGAGCUGUCCCACAGUGAGAGGCAGCUGAGCAUCGCUUUAACACUGCACCUGAUACACUCGGUAACCAGCAGCAUGGCUGUGAUGUCUACCAGCAUCGUGUCCUGUUUGCUCCUCCAUAAACACCGCGGGGGAGUGCGUGUAUCUGUGUUGUGUAGAGAUUUGUGUUGGCUGUUGGAGGAGGUGUUGUUCAGGCACUGUGAUGUUGGAUUUGGAGGCUCUGUGCUCAGUGUGGUGUUUCACGCUCUCUCUGUGCUGCGUCCCCACCUGCUGAUGGCUGCAGCGCCCCCGUCAGGAGAGCCGCUGGUGACCGCUCGGCCCGACCCACACACGCUGCUCACCCUCGGCAGGCACAGCCAGCUUCUCACACACGUCUUCAUCACCGAGGCUGUGGGAGCCUGUGCUGUCUCUGCCUUGCUGUGUGAGGUGGCAGGAUGUGGAGGAGGAGAGAUGGAGUUUGAUGUUGCACUUGGUCAAGAGGAGCUGACUGAAAAAAGCCUACAGCUUACACACCUACUGCCAGCUGGGUAUAUACCACCAUGUCAAACAGCACACAGUUUUGCUCUGGAUGCAGUGGACAGCAUGAUACGCUGUGGGAUUCUCAUCAUGGAAGAGGUACAGCGGGAUGCUCCUGUGUGUGACUUCUGGAAAAGGCAAGGUGUUUUUUCAUGGACUGCUUCAGAUGACCCUGAACUCAGCAGUGAUUCAGAGUGUGAAGAACAGGACACACGCUCAUACAAGUUGAGUCAGCCGUCUCAGUGUCCCGAGCUGCUGUCUUUUCUCUGUCGAUUACUGAGUGUACAGCUGAGGGCGCUUUGCUGGGCUAUAGAGAGCCUGGACCUGCUGCCCUUUCCCCUUACAGAGGCAGCGUGUGUGACUCAACUCCACGCUCACCUGAGGAGCAGAGCACAGCUGGACAAAGUACACUACGAGAGCUCCUCAAUAAAGCUGGUGAGAAUGGCCCUGCGAACCCUGACUGAUUUUGGUGUGCUGAUGGAGGACCGGCUGAGCGAGGCGGUGUAUCUGGAGAUCAGUCCGAUUUUCCUCCAGGCUGAGAACAAACACAAGCUGUUCCAGUUCGUCUCGCAGUUCCUCUACGGCUGAGCGAGGACAAGAGCGUCUCGGCACCGCUUUAGGGUUUAGUUUAAAACGAAACAAAAAAUAUCAGGUAAAUAACACGGAGCAAAGAAUGUAGACUUGAACCCGAGACUGUAAAAAAAACAAAAAAAAAACACUUGUUUGUUGUGUGAGUUGUGAGACUAAUGUACAAUUCAGUUUAUACGGAUUUAGUUCUAGUGCUACAUUUUGUGUUAAAGGGUGGUCAGACUUUGUUUAAAAAAAUGAGUUUGAACCAAUAGGAGAGAGCAGGAUAUUGAUAUGAUUGAUAUGUUUUGAGUUUAAUG